AUGUCGGCCUCUGAUUCAGUUGUCUAUCACUACCUAGCAAUCGGCAAGCUUGGUCGUGGCGAAGUCGUCAAGCUGUUUAUGAUUGAUGCAGGCAUCAAGUUUGAAGAGCGCUUGUACGCCCGAGAUGCUACUUGGCCUGAGACCAAGGAGAAGUUGAAGAAGCAGGGCCUUACUCGCACCGGACAACUUCCUUCAGUAGAGUACAAGGGCAAAGUCCUUACUGGGCACGUCCCGAUCCUCCGAUAUCUCUCGCGUGAACUUGGCGCAUACGAUGGCACAACCAACGACGACAAGUACUUGGUCGAUCUCGUAUCAGAUAUCUACGUUGACUGGAGAGUUCAAUGGGUAGCCAACCUCAAGGGCCUCAACCCUGAGUACAAGGAAAAGGACGCUCCUCCAUACUAUGAGCUCCUCGGUCAAUACUACGCUGAGCGUGAAGGACCAUAUCUUCUUGGAGACACUGUCAGCUAUGCCGACUUUGCGGUCUAUGUCUCUCUUGACAACGAUAUUCGAACAAAGACACUUCCGGAAACCCUCCCCGAGUCCAUCGUCAAGUUCCGAAACGCAUUCGAGGCCCGACCCAACAUUGCCGAGUAUAUCAAGCAGGGCUAAGUCAUAGAAAAUCUAUAGACAGAAAAGCAAAUACCGUC